GGGCGGCUGCCAGGGGUAGGGCUGGGGAGCGGGGGGAGGAUUCAGGCGGGCAGAGAGAGGGAUAGAGACAGCCGGCGCGAAAGAGGAGAGACCCCCCCCAGCCCGUCUGCAGCACCAGCACUCGCCAUGAGCCUCCUCCUCUUUGCCAUCACGGGCCUGCACGUCCUCAUCCUCGUGCUGCUCUUCGUCGCCACUCUGGACAAGUCAUGGUGGGUGCUGCCGGAUGAUGAGACCGUCAAUCUGUGGUACGACUGUCUAUACGACAACAACACCCAGAGCUGGCUGUGCGCCUCUGUUGCUGAGAGCCAGUGGCUCCAAGCCGUCCAAGCCCUCAUGGUCCUGGCUAUGCUCUUCUCCAGCUUCGCCUUUGUUCUCUUCAUGUACCAGCUCUACACCAUGGAGCGUGGGGGGCUUUUCUACGCCACCGGCGUCUGCCAGCUGUUGGCCUGUAUCUCGGUGUUCACGGCCGCCUUGAUCUACGCCAUCCACGUGGAUAAAUUUCACCUGCACCGGCAGUCGGGCGGCUCCUUCGGCUACUGCUUUGUGCUGGCCUGGCUGGCCUUCCCCCUGGCGCUGCUCAGCGGCGUCAUGUACAUCCACCUCCGCAAGAGGGAGUGACCCCCACCCCCAUCGCAGGGGAGCUGCUCGUGACCAUGGCCUAUCCCUUCCCCCUGCCCCAUGGCGGCCUGGCCAUCACAUGCUGCUGGGUCCCUGGAGCCUGUCCUGGCCACACCCAGCUCUCUCCGCCUUGUCCGUACCGGC